AAAUCAAUAUUGAACAAGUUGAACUGUCAAAUUAAGAAAUGAAACUUGGUUAUUUACUGAAUGUUGAUUGAGAAAUAUUUUUUUAAAUCCCAAAAUUGAUUAAUUUAUCAGUUUUUAUUUUUAUUUAUUCGAAAUGGAGGAUUUACCCUUUAUUCCAGGAUACACGUUUCAAAAUCCAGCGGUAUGUCCAAAAAAAAAUAUUCGUUAGAAAAAAAAAAUUGAAAUAAAAAAUUUAUUGUAACCGCAAAAUAUGAAAUAAAAAACAAAAUAUCAUCUUAGAUCCAGGAUUACAAACUAAAACAAAAAUUUGGAUUUUCAAAUGGAAUACGAGUGAUACGUGAUUCAGAUGUUGGAAUUGGUCCAAAAUCAAUUGAUGCUGUUUCCAGUGCAUAUGCAACUGAAAACAACACCUUACGAUCCAUCACUGACUUAUGGACGAGUUCAAUUCUAUCCUUAUCGACAAUUUGUACCACAUUAUACACUUUAUUCACAAAAAUGUUUAUCAUUUAAAGGAUUUUUUCGACAAAAAGUUUUUGGCUCUCAAAAUGAACAUUUUCGUAUUCGAUAUGUGAAUAUUAUUUAUUAUUUAGAAAAUGACACACUAUCGAUAAUAGAGCCAAAAAUUGAUAAUGCUGGAUUUAAUCAAGGAACAUUAGUGAGAAGAGGAAAAAUUACUCGUAAUAAUAAUAAAGGAUUUUAUCAUUGGAAACAUUUAAAUGUGGGAAUUGAUUUAGAAAUUUAUGGAGUUAUUUAUCACACCUAUGAUUGCGAUAAAUUUACCAAAGAAUUUAUGACGAGUCAAGGAAUUGAUAUUGGUGACAAGGAGGAGCCGCCAAUUGAUCCUUAUAUUUUAAAUCGAUCAAAUCAAUUGAAAGCCGCCGCCGCCGCCUCCUCCUCGUCUUUCACUAGAAUCAGUGAAAUUGAAAACGAUCCAAGAAGACGAUUUUUUCAUUACGAUGGAAUGGUUCUAUUGUUCGAUGCAUUAUAUGAAGAUGAUUUUUAUCAAAUUCUUUAUUUUCUAACAGACAACACAAUUAGUGUUCGAGAAAUUCAUCGGCCAAACGAUGGCAAAGAUCCCGUAACUGUGUUUCUCAAAAAAACACGAGUUCCCAAAAAUUGGAAAGACGUUCCCGGUUCAUAUCCAGGAAUGUCACUUGAACGUGGCGAUUACGAAAUUGUGGAAUAUUAUUCACCAAAUGACUUAAAGAUUGGAGAAACAAUUUCAAUUUUUGAACGGCAAUUCUUUCUUUUUGAUUGCGAUAAUUUUACAAGAAAAUAUUAUUCUGAAAUGUUGGGAAUCAUUCAAUCGUCACGCAUAGAACCACCAUCAUUAAAAAAUAGAAAAUCUCUAAACUAUAAAUUGUCGUCACACAAUUAUGUGCCAUUGAAAAAAAAUACAAUUCGUCAAAUUUUAAAUUUUCCCCAAAAAUUGCGAUAUUCAAUGAAAAUGGAUGCCGUACAUCCUGAAGAUGAGACACGUAUUUUUAUUUUAGAAUACAAUUUAAGUAAUGGUAAAAUACAAAUAAACGAAUGUUGUAAACCAAAUUCUGGCCGAAAAGGUGGAAUAUUUUUGUCAGCAAGACAAAUUCAAAAACCCAAUGCCAAUAUUGACGAUAAUAAUUAUUAUGGUCCUGAGGAUUUUUACAUUGGUGCAAAAAUUAAUGCAUUCAAUCAUUAUUUCAUCAUCACUGGAGCUGAUUUAUUUGUCUAUCGAUAUAUUGAAGAAAAUUUGGAAAAAUUUAGUGAAAAUUUGAAAAAUAAUAUGAGAAAUUAUUUUCUACAAUUAAAAUUAAUUGAAAGUGAUGUGAAAAAAAUUGAAGACAAUAAAAAUUUUGAUCUCGAACCAUUUAGAGGAGAAAUUGAUAAAAAUUCUUAUGAAAUGGAAAAUUGUUUGAAAACAUCUGAAAAUCAAGUUGAGGAUCAAGAAAAUGUAUUUUUAAAAUCUUCAAUGCCAAUAUGUGACAAUUUGAAUCAAACUGAGGAUCAAUUUAGAGAUGAAAAAAAUAAUAGAGAAUUACGAUGGUCCGAUAAGAUUGAAAUAAAUGAAAAAAAUCCAAUAGUCGAUAGUCCAAAAGAAAAUCUCGGAAAAGAGAAAAUAAUUAACGAGCCAGAUUAUUAUUUUUCUGAUCGUAACAAAAAAUUCCAAAUGGGCCAAUUGAAUUACGAAGAGGCAACGGAACCGCUAAAAUUAAAAUUCCCAGCACCGCAAGAGAAAUUCGUUAAAACUCCAAAUUUCAAUAAUAUCUCACUUGUCCGUGAAACUUAUAAGGCACCUAAAGUGUCUUAAGAAACUUCAUUUCGCAUUAAAAACAGGAAAAAAAAUUCAGCGCAAUAUCUUGCAAUCACUUGUAAAAAAAAUACUUACAAAGAAGAAAAAAAAAAACAAA